CAUUGCAUAAAUCGUACUCCAAGUCUCCGGUACUCCACGACGUCCAAUUCUUUCCGGCUCCACUGACACUCACGGUCAACACAGAGAAUGGAAGGGAGGGCGAAGAACCCAGCGGCGUCGGUGGCCGUCGUGGCGGUGCCGUUCCCGGCGCAGGGCCACCUCAACCAGCUCCUGCACCUGUCUCUGGAGCUAGCCUCGCGCGGGCUGGACGUGCACUACGCCGCGUCCCCGCCGCACGUCCGCCAGGCUCGCGCGCGCGUGCACGGCUGGGACGACGACGCGCUCCGCUCGAUCCACUUCCACGACCUCGCCAUCUCCACCUACGUCUCCCCGCCUCCAGACCCCGCCGCCGACCCGCCCUUCCCCUCCCACCUCAUGCCCAUGUUCGAGGCCUUCACCGCGGGCGCGCGCGCCCCGCUCGCGGCCGUCCUGCGCGAGCUCUCUGCUUCUCGCCGCCGUGUCGUCGUCGUGCACGACCUCAUGAACGCCUUCGCGUCCGAGGAGGCGGCGCAGCUGCCCAACGGGGAGGCCUUCGGGUUUUACUGCACCGCCGUGUCGUCCAUCGUCGGGCGGAUGGACGCCGGGCACCGGCUCCUGCGCGACAACGGCCUCACGCACCUCCCCACCCGCGUGUCCCAGGAGUUCCUGGACUACGCCAGCAAACGCGCGAUGGUGGCGCGGUCGAUUUCGGACGGCGCCGGCAUCGUCGUCAACACGUGCCGCGCGCUUGAGGGCGAGUUCGUCGACGUUGUUGCGGAGCAGACGGCGGCCGACGGCAAGAAGCUCUUUGCCAUCGGGCCGUUGAACCCGCUGCUCGAGGCGACGGCGUCGAACCAGGGGAAGACGCAGCGGCACGAGUGCCUGAGCUGGCUUGACCAGCAGCCCCCGUCAUCUGUGCUCUACGUGUCGUUUGGCUCGAGCUCCUCGCUCCGGGAGGAGCAAGCCGCGGAGCUUGCGGCGGCGCUGCACGGCAGCAAGCAGCGCUUCAUCUGGGUGCUGCGUGACGCCGACCGCGGCGACAUAUUCACGGACGCUGGCGACAACCGGCACGCCGAGCUGCUGUCCCAGUUCACCAAGCAGACCGAAGGCAUGGGGCUGGUGAUCACGGGGUGGGCGCCGCAGCUGGAGAUCCUGGCACACCGCGCCACGGCGGCGUUCAUGAGCCACUGCGGCUGGAACUCGACCAUGGAGAGCAUGAGCCACGGGAAGCCAAUUCUGGCCUGGCCCAUGCACUCCGACCAGCCGUGGGACGCGGAGCUAGUGUGCAGCUACCUCAAGGCCGGCCUCCUUGUGAGGCCGUGGGAGAAACACGGCGAGGUGAUACCGGCGACAACCAUACAGGAGGCCAUUGAAACGAUGAUGGUCGCCGAGGAAGGGCUCGCGGUGAGGCAGCGGGCAGAGGUGCUCGGGGAGGCCGUCCGUUCGUCGGCGGCUCAGGGCGGAUCAUCGCACAAGGAAAUGGACGACUUCAUAUCAUACAUGACAAGGUGAUGUAUGAUGAUGGAAAUUUUACACUGAUGAAGAAUGCUGUAGUUUCUGUUUAAAUAAACUUUGAGCAGUUUGAGUUGAGCUUGGAUUGUAUCACUUGAGAGGAAAUUUCAUUUCGUAAUUCUUGUCGUGGUUUUAGUUUAGAAUUAUGGAAUGGAGUGAUAGUAUUAGGAGUAGUACUAAACAAGCAUGAAUGGCCCAGUAUUUUCUUUGGUUGACACUGUCUCUUUGGGAUCACGGAUUAGAAGACUUGUCUGCCUUUUCUAAUGUAUUCUUCCUGUAAUCUUUGACUAUCUUAAAAAAUAUCUUGUU